AUGGAUCAAGGGCUGUCGUUCGACCUCAAUGUCGGCCCCGAGGUGGAAGAAUUUGCCAACGCCCUUGACAACUGUCUCUCGCCAUUCCUAUCGCAGGAAGACAAACGAGCCCGAAUCAUCGACCUCCCUCGGAAGUACUACGAAAAUGCUGUUCGAAGACUGCAACAGGCGCGGCCGAAGCGAGCUCGCAGUGGCUACGAAGAUGUAGAUAUGGAUGCUGACGAGAUCGAGACGGCCGAUGGGGAUGGCCUCUCUGGGGAAGCGGAUGAGGUUAAACAGCUGGAAAAAGAAGUGCAGACCUGGGACCUUAUCCGACGACUACUCCCCCUACGCUACGCAACCCCAGAAGCAAAGACAGACGACCGGCCAUCAAUAGAAAUGGACACAGGCUCGACGCAGUCCGAUUUGCUGCUCGAGUUUCUGAAUUCGGAUCCCUUGGCUCGAGAGCGCCAUGCGGUGCUGCAGUGGCUUCAGAGCAACGCGGCCGAUGGCCCGGAUAUUGACGACUUGGCCCGAGAUCUUCUGAAACAGGCCGACCGAGGGGAUAUCAUUGCACAUGGCUGGCUUCACACGCGAGCAACGAUUAAGCUACGGAAGAAUUUGACGGCAUGGAAUGGGCUGCUGGAUCGUCAGCAACCCAGAGUUAUGGAGUCUCAUGUCAACAAGGAUGGUGCUCCCCUGAUUACGCAGUUGGACCCUGAUGCCAUCACCCGCCAGGGACGAAAGCUCGAGCCUGCAGACGAGUACUUUGAGCGUGCGAUUUGGCUUGGCUGUUUUGAACACCUUCGCCGUGGUAGCAGCCUCGAGGAACUGCGCGAGUGGUGCCAGGAGCGGACGGAGAUGUGGCGGGCUGUUUCCAUGUCUGCCAUGCUUCUCUCUGAGGACCAAACUGUCCCUGUUGACGACUUGAAGCCCGAGUCUCUGGCUCUCUGGAGACGCAUGUGCUUUGCCUUGGCUCGACAGGGGGGCUCGGAUGAUUACGAACGUGCGGUGUAUGGUUUACUCUCUGGCGAUAUCACCAGUGUUGAAAAGAUUGCCCGGAGAUGGGACGACUUUCUCUUUGCCAACUACAACGCGCUUUUACGAACCCAGUUUGACAGCUACGUACUGAGCCGAUGUCCGCCAAAUGUGACCUCGACAUUGACUCAGAACUUCCCCUCCUUUGACGCCGUUCAAUUCUUGGGAAAGCCACAAGGAGUUGAGAAGCGCCUUGUUCGUUCGCUAGAGUCCCAGCCAAGGACUCAUGACGAGGCGACGGAGCCUAGUAAAGCUCUGCAAGCCGCGUUUAUUGCCAGGGAUGUUGAGCGCCACUUGUACGAACAAGGACUUGUCAUGAUUGCGGACGCCAACGCAAAUGGCAAAUCCAUUCUUCUGCCUUCAUCUGAGCCAAUUAACUCUGGCGUUGUGAAGAAGAAGUACUUUAGCCUAGAUCAGGAUGAUGGGCUUCGCAUUGUGUCACACGUCUAUGUGCUCACAGCCCUGAUGAAGAAGUUUGGCGGUGCCCAGAAAAAGGUCUCCAACUUUUCACCACCACCCCAGUUGACAUUCUCUCAGGAGAGUAUCUUGGCGGGGUAUACAGAUUACUUGCGUCGUGCCGGUCUCCCAGAGCUUAUCCCUCUGUACUGCUCAAUACUGGAGGCACCUAGGCAAUAUGACGUUCUGAGCUGGAAUUUGAUCCACGAGGAAGACCCCGAACAGCGCUUAUUGCAGUUGAAGUUGAUAAAGAAGGCCGGCAUCGACGUCUUGAAGUUUGUGGACAGGCAGGUGGUGCUCUUUUACGAGGCAUUGGGCGACAAGGCUCCUCAGCAAGCUGCUUUUAGCAUCAUCAGCGAUGGACCCUCAACACCACAGUUUGGGAAGCUGAUAAAGGCAGACUUCUUUGGCUAUGAGGAGGGUGUCGUUUCGAGCGGUGAUGACCAUGUUAUCCGUUCUUUGGAGUGGCUCUUGAUGGUGGAUGGAAAGUGGGCCGAUGUCUUUUCUAUGGGCACAAAGGUUUACAAGUUCUUCUUGCGUUCCGGACGACUGGGAGCUGCCCGACGGCUCUAUGAGAGGAUUUCAUUCGAAAAGAUUAUUCAGGGGAUUUCGGGACAGGAAGAAACUGAAGACAUUUGGUAUGAGGAUGCCGACUUUUGGGCUAAGCUGCUGGAGCGCAGCGAGGUCUCCAACAUGAGCCCCGAGCAGGUGCAGGCGGAGGCACGAAUUUUCCGCGGACUUGAAGCUCUCGUCAAGGCUCUAGAUGGCCUGGAGACAAUUGCUUCAUUGAUGCUCAUCUCUACUGAGCUGUCACAUGGAGAUCGGGAAUUUUGGGGUCCGGCGGGUGAAUCAAUCAAGAACGUCAAGGAUUACAUGAAGCCCUUACUGAAGGGAUGGCUGAUGCCAGCAAUCAAGGCUGGUGAUGCCGAGCUACAGGAUAUUCGAGCUGCCUACCUACCAGAGACCAUCUUGGCAUACAUCAGCGCUCUACAUUUCGCUGGCACUGGCUUGUCACGGGAGAACCUUUUGGAAUGCAUGGAGCUCGCCGCCUUGGUAGCAGAACGCGAAUCAGACCUCAAGGACGUCUUCGCCGACGCUAAGCGCAUGACGGAGCUCGUCGAGGCCUUUGCCGCCUGCAGCAAGGCGCUGGCCAUUGCCACCGGAGAGAAGAGGCCAUCUGGAUCUGGCAGCAAGAAGCAGCGGGAGAUGGGAUGGUCGCGAGAUUUGUGGUCGGUCAAGACUGGAACUGGGGACGCGAGCGUCAUUGGGCCUGCGUAG